UUUGAAUUUUGAUUAAGAAAAAAAGGUUUAUUGCGAGAGUAAAAGACAAACGUGAAAACCUCAUAAAUAAAUCUUCUUCUACUCCCCUCCUCUCACUUCCAGCUUUUCUCCUCUCUCUCUCUCUCUCUCUCUCUAGUAUCUCUUUUGUAGCUGCCCUGCUACAGCUAAUCUCUGCACGUUUCCAUAGACAGGAAGAUGAGUCUCUCUCCGAGAGAUUUUCUCUCUUUCAUCUUAUCUUCUUCUAGGUAAUGCUCCUCUGAGCCUACCUAAUAACCAAAGAGCCUCUAUCUUCUUCUUCUCAUUCUUGAGUUUAUCAACAAUGGCGAUUCGUAAGGAGGACGAAAGUAGAGAAGAACAGAGCAAUUCGUUUCUUCUUGAUGCUCUCUACUGCGAAGAAGAGAAAUGGGAAGACGAAGAGGAAGAAGUUGAAGAGAACUCUUCCUUUUCCUCCUCUUCUCCUACUUCACCAUUGGUUCUUCUGCAGCAAGAUUUGUUCUGGCAAGACCAAGAUCUGGUCACUCUCUUCACAAAAGAAGAGGAGCAAAGACUCACCUGUCUCGAUGAGGUUUAUCUCGCCACGGAUCGUAAAGAAGCCGUGGGUUGGAUUCUGAGAGUCAACGCUCGUUAUGGGUUCUCUACUUUGGCUGCUGUUUUAGCCAUAACGUACCUAGACAAGUUCAUCUGUAGCUACAGCUUACAGAGAGAUAAACCAUGGAUGCUUCAGCUCGUUUCUGUUGCGUGUCUCUCUCUAGCUGCUAAAGUCGAAGAAGUCCAUGUCCCUCUUCUUCUAGACUUUCAAGUGGAGGAGACUAAGUAUGUGUUCGAAGCCAAAACCAUACAGAGAAUGGAGCUGCUGCUUCUCUCUACUCUCCAGUGGAAGAUGCAUCUCGUUACUCCACUUUCGUUUCUAGACCACAUCAUCAGGAGAUUGGGUCUUAAAAACAACUCUCACUGGGAUUUCCUCAACAGAUGUCACCGUCUCAUCCUCUCUGUAAUCUCCGAUUCAAGAUUUGUCGGCUACCUCCCAGCAGUUGUUGCCGCAGCUACCAUGAUGCGAAUUAUAGAGCAAGUUGAGCUCUUUGACCCUCUCUCACACCAAAACAACCUCCUCGGUGUCCUUAACAUAACCAAGGAAAAGGUGGAACCUUGCUACAAUCUCAUCCUCCAAUUACCAAUUGAUCACAUGGGUUUACAGAUCGAAACCCAAUCUUGCCGCAAACGCAAGAAUCGCGACUCAUCAUCGUCGUUGAGCAGCCCAAGCUGCGUGAUCGAUUCAAACCCUUUCAAUAGCAACGAAAGCUCAAACGAUUCGUGGUCUGCGAGUUCGUCGCCGCCGCAGCAACAACAAGAACCUCCGUUGAAGAAGACGAAGAUGGAGAAACCGAUUUUGCAUCUGUCGUAGCCACUCCUUAGCUCGCUUUCUACGUUUAAUUUACGUUUUUUUUUAAACUUGAGAACGAUCGUGUAUUAAGCGUCCCCGUUGCAUAUACGAAAUGUCUCGAAUGCCCUUACUUGCUAUGGCUUGAUACCGCGUGUGUCUGAAGGGCAUUCGUGACAUUUGACUGCAUGGGAUGCGAUGAAGAGAUUAGUAAUAAUAGUCUUUGCGUAAACUUUGAGGCUUUUUGCAAUCUUUGGGCCUUAA